AUGAACAGUGAGGACCUAAUUUCCAGUGUUGGAAUAUUCAACAAUGUUGUGAAUGUGGAAAUCGAUGACCCAGCACCCUCUCAUAGGGAGGCUGCCACUGCUAGCAUAGUAGCUGAUGUUCACUAUAAGACUUGCAACUGUCUCCUGGGUAAGGUAAUAGAGAAGUGGCCCUGGGCGAAUAUUAAACUCUUAGUCCAUACUGCUCCCAGCUCUUGUUUAGAAUGGGGAUGCACAUACCCCUUGCUGGAAGAGGCUGGUUUUGAGAUUUGGGUUGUUGAUGUUCUUGGAUGGUGUUUCUCUGAUUUAGACUUCCCUAGUUUAAUGCCGCAUCAAUGCAAUAUCAUUUGUACCUGCUUUGGAAGUCUAACAUAA